AUGGCUGAGUCCAUCGCACUCUACCAAGGCGUUCUUCACAAACCUGGAUCCUGUGUAUGGUCCAAUAUUUGGAAACAGGCUUUUCAAUCUACUGAUCGCCGACCCACUGACCUCCGUGAUCGUUGGCGGGUAAUCUCGGCCCCCUACAACCAUCGUCUUAUGAGCCAAGUUGCAGGACACUAUGAAUCCUGGCUGCGAGAACAUGGAAGCUCUCUUGCUGAUACAUCUCCUCCAAUUGCUACAGUUUCUCCUUCAUAG